UGUACAAAAAUAAGAAAAUCAAUUAAUAUAUUUGUGUUUUUAUGUAGAGUCAAUGUCUUAAUUAAUUGCAUGAGAGUAUUGGAAUAUAUUUUAAACAUAUUGAAUGAUCUACCUCGACAACCCAUGCACCUUUAUCGAUCUUCUUUGAUUAUUGUUCCAGUGCUCUCUCUCUCUCUCUCUCUCUCUCUCUCUCUCUCUCUCUCUCUCUCUCUCUCUCUCUCUCUCUCUCUCUCUCUCUCUCUCUCUCUCUCUCUCUCUAGUUCCAAAAUUAUGAGUAUAGAAUGAAGAAUGUCGUAAGAUAUUCAAGUAAGAUGCAUAUUUUUAAUAGAGAGAGAAGAUAUUGUUUUACAAAAUGAUUAUUUAACGUUUAAUUUUGAAAUGAAUGAAAAUUUAUAAGAAAAUUAAUUUUUGUACAAUGAAUGCAUCUUCGUUUGAGUUUUUAUCUAAUGAUUUUACAUAGAUAGAUUGAACGUAAGAUGUAGUACACUCCGUUGACCUAAAAGUAAAUCAAGCUUAAGUCUCUAUAUAUAUUUGAAUUCAAAAAGUUCUGAACCGAAAUUUAUAUUCUCUUUGGGCAAGUGACAAGAGCUGGUUGUCCUACUUCUAUAUAUUUAUUCCAAAAAUUUUAGGCGGUUCCAUUUUCUUAGACUCUUGUAAAUGAGGUUGCUAAUUCUCUGUAUUUAAUGUUUCUUUGUUUAAUUUACAAAAGACUUCGACAUAGCUAGUUUGCAAUUAUGUGCCAUUCAAUGUCAAGGUAAAUAUCACCGGUAUUAAUAUAUUACUGUCUCGUUCUUUUUGACAUCAUUAAUUAAUACAGUAUAUUAUACUACUGCAUAUGAAAGUGAAAACUCCCGACAAAAGAAAAUUAAGAGUAAAGACUAAAAUACACCAUAACAUAAAAACAAUAUAGUACAAUGUUCUUUCUUUAUGUUUAUUUUCUGUCCAACCCUUCUCUCUCUUGCGUCCCUUUCCAAUGCACUUAAAAAAUUAAAUAUAGUUUCCAAUUUGCUCUCCAACCAUAUAGUCUCAUUUCGGGUAUAAAUAACCUCAUCCAAACACAAACCAUCAAUAUUCGAAGAUACCAUAAUACACUCAAAAGCAAAUCAAUAUUUGGUUAAACGGAGAAUGAGUCCGGUGGCUUCAACAAGGUGGUGUCCGACCACGGAGCAACUGAUGAUCUUGGAAGAAAUGUACCGGACCGGUAUACGGACUCCUAAUGCGGUGCAGAUACAACAGAUCACAGCUCACUUAGCUUUCUAUGGACGUAUUGAGGGAAAAAACGUGUUUUACUGGUUUCAGAACCAUAAGGCAAGAGAUAGACAGAAGCUAAGGAAGAAACUCGCUAAGCAACUUCACCAACAACAACUCCAACAAAUUAAGCUCAAACCAAUAUCGAUGGUGUCUGAACCACUUAAUAACAUCAUCGAUCAUCACAAUCUUUACUACCAUAAUCACCAUCGUCCGUAUGAUCAUUCGUCUUUCGCUUGCUGCUCUCAGCCUUCUUCCGUUUGUCUUUCUCAUCAGGGAAUUGGAGUAGAAGCUCAAAGCAAAGUGGUGAAUGAAUAUUAUUACAACAAAAGUGGACCUGAAGAUAUGUUGAUGCAAAAACCAAUCACGGGCCAAAACUCAUCGUACGGUCGAGAUUGGAUGGUGAUGAUGGAUAUGGGUCCACGACCAUCAUAUUCCUCAUUAUCACCAAUUCCAUGUAUCAACAUGAUGAUGAACAGUCCAAAGAUACCACCAAAAACCCUUGAACUCUUCCCAAUCUCAUCCAUCAACUCCAAACAAGACAGUUCCAAACUCUAAAGAAAAGACAACAUUUACAAAAGAGAUUCUGCAGGUGUUUCACUCAUGUAUCAUAUACUAUCUGAAAGUACUACGAAAACAUGUGUACGUGAGGGUAAAUUUUUAGCCGUUGGAUAAAAUUAGUUGAGUUAAUGAAAAUGUUUAAUAGGUAUCUCUCUCUCUCUCUCUCUCUCUGCAGUAGAAUUAAUGGGAAGUUCUAAUAAUUUAUAAAAUAAUUAAUUUUACAA